CGCCUCGUACGUAAAGAUGAUUUUCAAGGUGCUUAGUAAUGUUGGGCACUACUUCAAAUGUUCGAACCUCAGACUUGGAUGUAGACCUCUGUGUAGUAGUCAAAAAUUGGUGUUUGAUUCAUCUGCAAAGAAAAAGCAGCGUAUACGGUCGACAUUCGUUGAAGAUCCUCAUAUUUAUGACUACAUACGUGAAGAGGUUGCUAAUCGCCUAGCUGAUCGACUGAUUGACAUAUCAAGGUGCCCAUUAAAUGCAAUUCGACGUGGCUUUAGAUAUCGGUUGUGGUCGAGGUCAUUUAUCUCAGUUUAUUACCUCGGACAAUGUUGGUGUACUCUACCAAUUAGAUAGUUCAUCUGAGAUCCUGAAACAGGUAUUACCACCCGCAGAUGUUCCCACAUAUAGUAUUCAUUGUCCUGAAAGUGUCCUACCCUUCCGACCGAACACUUUGGAUUUGGUUCUAAGCUGUAUGAGCCUCCAUUGGAUAAAUGAUCUUCCUGGUUUAUUAAAACAAGUACUGACAUGUUUACGCAAUGAUGGAUGCUUUCUAGGUGUAAUGCCAGCAACUGACACAUUGUAUGAACUGCGUGUAUCUUUACAACUAGCUGAAUUAGAAAGAUUAGGCGGUAUCUCAUCACAUAUUAGCCCAUUUGUUGACAGUGUGGACAUGGCUGAUCUACUACAAUCUUCUGGAUUCAAUUUAAUAACAUUAGAUGUUAACGAGCUGGUAAUUCAUUAUCCUAAUAUGUUUGCACUUAUGAAUGAUUUACGGUGUAUGGGUGAAUCAAAUGCAGUUGUACAUAGACCGUUACGCUUGAAUCAUGACGUUCUUCUUGCUGCCUCAGCAAUAUAUGAUGAAAAAUUUGGUGUUCCUCGUAUUGGUGGAGAAGAGAAUGAACGUUGUAUCCCGGCGACUUAUAGACUUUUAUUCUUUAUUGGCUGGAAACCUGAUCCUUCUCAAAGUAAACCACUUCCUCGGGGAAGUGCACAAUAUUCUUUAAAAGAUCUUCACCGGAUUGAUGAACUAGCUAAAUUACACAUAAAAAAGUGAACAACUUCUUCAUUCUUUAAACUGCCGAUUGUAAUAUAAUAAUUUGAUAAAU